AUGCGCUUUCCCAUCCUCAUCGCGGCCCUUGUGUCCUGCGUGGCGGCGGCCCCCACGCAGUCCCUCGAAGUGCGCGAAACCGCCGUCGAAGCCACCGACAGGCUCGUAUUCAAAACGACUCUCGCAGCGUUCAUUACCGCAAGGAAUGCACAAAACCCUUCGACGCUCGACUGGUCCUCUGAUGGCUGCAGCUCGUCACCUGACAACCCAUUUGGAUUUGACUUUUUGAACUCAUGCUAUCGCCAUGACUUCGGAUACCGCAACUUCAAGGCGCAGUCGAGGUUUACGGACGCGAAUAAACUUCGCAUCGACGACAAUUUCCACAACGACUUGUACAACCAGUGCGACACAGAGACCUUCACGAGCAUCUGCAAGGACCUGGCUGACGUAUAUUAUGCGGCUGUGAGGGCAUUUGGCAAGAAGGCAGCGGCGGAGGUGUUGGCGGCUAGCGUGCCCGCUGCGAAUGAGCAGAUUGCGAAGGAAAUUGCUAGACGGGCUGUUGAGAAGGCGUAG